AUCUGUACAUUAGUGAAGUACAGUUUGAUCUUUAAUUGUUUGGUGUCAAUUUUUAGUAUUAGGUAUAAUCAAAGAUUAUGACUGAUGACUUGAAAACAGUAUUUACUCCCUGAUCCACCAUUCUGUUAUUUUGAAUGUGAUUGUCAUCCUCUUCACUGUUUGGAGCUUUAUUUGUCGUAUUGAAUCGCUUAUUCAAAAAACACUCAUUUUGGAUUAUCAUCAAUUUAAUUAAUUCAUUUGACAAUCAACUUUUUUUUUCUCAGCGACUGAUCGCUAACUGUACAUAUUUGUUUUAAAUGUUACCCUUUUGAUUGUAUUCAAACUGAUUUCACCUACUUUUCGAUUUUGAAUUGUGCACAUGUAUAUUUUUGUGUGUUAAUUGUGUUUAUAUUUAAUAUUUUGUCCAUCAAACAACCAAUGGAUCAACUGUACAAGUUAAUUAGUUUACUAUGGUUGAUAACAAUUACAUCAGCAUCUCGUCAUGGAUUCCAAACCACACAAUCUGGUGACUUUAAAGUUCAAAUAAAAUGCUCUGAAACUUUAAUGGAAGUAACUGUUGGCAUUACCAAGGAGAAUCCAAAUGUGGUCAUUUACCUGGAAAAGCUAAAAGGUUAUCCAGGUUGUCAACCUGAAUUACUCAAUGAUAAAGCUGUUUUUCGCCUUCCAUUGGAUGAUAACUUUUACACCUGUGGAACCACUAGGAUACAAAAUAAGUUAAAGGAUGUUCGUAUAUUUUACAAUCGGGUUAUAAUUGAAAGGCCUGAUAAAUCAGCCGAAGUUGUAGUUCCAAAAUGUGUUCUUCGCAGUGACUUGGCCUACCGCUUACCUCGAUCACGUCGGCAAACUGGCAACGACUGGGAGUUGCCAGAAAAUUUCACCGAAUCAGUAGAAGAACUCAUUGAUUACAGUGGUAAUAUUACUGAACACGCGCCCAUUCCUUAUCUCAAUAUUGGAGUUCGGCAGAAUGGACGCUUCGUUGAUACAGCUUUGAAUGUUCAUCCAGGAACUCCUCUUGAGAUGGUCAUUUAUUUGGAUGAUACAAGUGCACCAGUUUAUGGUUUAUUGGCUCGUUAUCUUAAAGUAACGGACAAUACGCCAAGAAAACAAGAGGAAACAAUAAUCUUAGAAGGAUGUUCAAUUGAUCCAUACAUUUUUUCAAACUUCGAGUCCAAUGAUGGCGGUGAUUCGAUUGUUGCCAAAUUUCGAGCAUUCAAAUUUCCGGAAUCAAAUUAUGUCUUAUUUGUUGGAACUGUUAACGUUUGCUUAAAAGAGUGUUUAGGAGUCAUUUGUGGUAAUAAUCAAUUAGGCUAUGGUCGACGCCGGCGUUCAAUCAUUAAUCCAGAUCCCAACAGGAUAUUUGAGAUAGAAAUGACGGCUUUUCUGAAAGUUGAUUCAUUAGAGAUGGAUAAUGGUCCAGUACUGAAAGGCUCAGCAAGAUCAAGUCUUGGUGAUGAUAAAAGUUUAAGUCGUCAGGAUGAACCUAAACAUGAAGCAAUAUCAAAGGAGAAACAAGAAUCUCGUUCUUUACCUUUACUUGAUGCUUUUAAAACGGAUCGAAGAAGAUCAUUCAAUAAACUGGAAUCAUCAUCGGCAACCAGUUUAACCAUAUCACUAACAAUACUCAUACUAACAUCAACUAUCAACUGUUUCAUUGCUACACUACAACAUUAAUCAGCUUUAGAUUGUGAUUGAAUAUUUUUUAUCAUAUUUUUUCAUUUCCCGCUCAUUUUCACCUCAAUGUAAACAAAAAUAUCAAAUUGUUGCAACCUUUUAUUGGUCAUUUGAAUACGAUGUUUCAAUUAAAAUGAAAAAUGUAAUGGACGGGAGUGAAAAAAGAUUGUUUUGUUGAACAAAAAGUGUCCUUUGCCUUUGUAAAGUUUCCCUAAAACUUUCACCUUAAAUCAUCAUCAAUUAACUUAAAAAGUGAAACCAAAAAGUCUAAAUCAAUUUUAGGGAUUUAUAUAAUUGUAAGAACUUAAAGUUUUGUAAACUCGUUUUUUCAUCGAA